CAGGUGAAAUACAAACAGCUCAAAUGACACGGAUCACCAACAAAAAUAUUGAUAAACCAUUCCGUUGUGAUCUAUGCUAUAAGCAGUUCAGACUACGGCACCACUUAACACAACAUAAAAUGACACAUACAAGAGAAAAACCAUUUGCUUGCGAAUUUUGUGACUACCGGGCAGGACGGGUGCAUACUUUAAAGAAUCACAUAGCCGUUGUUCAUGUUAACAGGACGAAGCAAUUUACAUGUAGUUUUUGCGACUAUAAAUCGGAAGACAAUUUUUCUUUGAAGAUCCAUAUUAUGGCUUAUCAUCAAGACGUUGCCGAAGCUAGCCAGCAAAAGUAGUGCUGUAAAACCUUUGUAAGUGGGCCACUUUUGAGAGCUCAAAAUAUUGUUCUACUUGCAAGACAUUCC